CACUAAUAUUUGUAUAAAUAUGACAGUGUACAUCAACAAAAGAUAUAAAAACAAUAUUUCUAUAACUCAGUGUUUCUUUAUGAUUGAGGUUUACAAAUGGUUCACAAUCCAGUUAGGGAGUGUAAUCAAUUGAUUUGGGAGGAUAUGAUAGGCGUUUCUUGGCCAAGGAUGUGGCUGAGCUAUAUAGAAGUCGUUGUAUCAAAUGUUAUAAAAUCAUUGAAGCUUUCUAUUUUCUUCUCUACUAUUUUUUUAGGUUCUCCCUGGUCUCUCAGAACGGCCAAGCUAGGAGUGGGGAUUCGGACUAGUUUUAGAGUCCGCCCAAGACCCCGAAUGACUCAUGUACGUCACUGCACACAUCAUUGUGACACUGACAAGAUCCAUUGAUAAUAAACUCAGUACCCGGUGUACCACACUUGUCUAUUUCCUUUUACACUUAUUAGUUGACUGUAGGGUAUCUAGUACAUAAAAACCCGUAGAUGAUAGAUGAUCACGAACCUUCAUCAUCUCAAAAACACCACCAUGUCUGAUCAAGAUGCACUGUCCAACCCCAUUCACACGACUGAUCCUUACAACUUUUUUGACAUUAUAAGACACCCUGAUGGCACGUUUACUCGAAAACCUAGCAGAUUCACGAUUAGGCCAACCACACAGGAUCUUAGUUACUCCAUCCCUGUUCUUUCCAAAGACGUCGUAAUUAACCAAUCAAAAAAUACAUGGGCUAGACUAUUCUUGCCUCGACAAGCACUUGAUUCUUCCUCCGCCGCCGCAAAUGCACCAGUAUUACUUCCUCUCAUUGUAUACUAUCCUGGGGGAGGACUUGUUUUGUCGACUACAGCCGCAUCCGUCUCCCACGAUUUUUGCGUCGAUAUUGCUUUACAACUCUCCGUUAUCGUUGUCUCCGUCGAUUAUCGAGUUGCACCGGAGAAUCGUCUGCCGGCAGCCUACGAUGAUGCGAUAGAAGCAUUGCACUAUAUCAAAACCGUCAAAGACGAUUGGUUGAAGAAGCACGCGGAUCUAACGAAGUGUUUCCUUGUUGGCACUAGCGCAGGUGGCACCGUAGCCUACCACGCUUGUUUACGUGCAGCCACACAAGUGGAUGAUCUUAAGCCGUUGAGGAUUAACGGCUUGGUACUUCAUUACCCGUUCUUUAGUGGAGCUAAGAGGACUGAAUCGGAGUUAAGGGCAGUCAAUGACCCUGUUUUGCCUCUUGUUGUGUGUGAUUUGGCGUGGGAACUUUGUUUGCCAAUUGGAGCUGAUCGCGAUCAUCAAUACUGCAACCCAAUGGUUGGAGACGUGCCAGAGUUACUAGAAAAGGUGAAGCUUUUGGGUUGGAAGGUAAUGGCUACCAGUGGUGAUAGAGACUUGAGUAUUGACCGUCUGAUUGCACUGACAAAACUGAUGGAUGAAAAGGGUAUAAAAGUGGAGACUCAUAUUGGUGCGGGAGAUCAUCACGGUGCAGAUAUUGGAGAUCCAUCCAAGUUAGCCCACCUGCUUUUGGCUUUAAAGAAUUUCAUAUUCUCAACGAUUGUUGAAUAAGCAGAAGGGUCACAACUCACAAGCUGAUAUCUAGUCACUUUUUUAAUUUUAAUUGUGUGUUUACGAGAGCGAUUGUCUUUAUUUUCAAGGUUAACUAUUAAAUUGUGAAAAAAAAACUGAGCUUAAA